GUACAAAUUACUUUUCAGACACACUAGCAGUUUCUUGCAAACAGGAUGACAUUUACUGGCUUCUUUUUCUUCUGUAUGCUGAUGAACAUGCUAACAGAUGCCCGAUCCAUCCAGGAUGGAGAUGAUCUCUACGGGGAAGCUGCAGCCUUGCCUUACUGGCCCUUCUCAUCCAAUGAUUUCUGGGCCUAUGUGGAAUAUUUCCGGACCUUGGGAGCCUACAACAGGAUCAAUGACAUGGCCAGAGCCUUCUUUGCCCAGUUCCCUUUUGGGACCCACCUUGGCUACCACGUGCGCGACCAUGAGCGCUGAGAGCCUCGCUCAGCUUUGCCAGAGCUGCUGCCCCGGUGUUUGGGUGAGCACCUCUCUGCCACUGAACACACUUGGGCUGCCCUCACCUGCUUUGUGACACCACGGUCAUGUGCAGCAUUUCAUGGCUUCAGUGAGUCUCUUUUUUACCAUUCCUUGUAAAGGUGUUUGCAUGAACACCUGACUGCCAGCAAACACAUCUGCACUGUGCCUCAGCCUCUAAGUGACACUGCAGCCACAUGCAGCAUUUCAGGCUUUAAAUUAAUCCCUUCUUUACAAUUUAUGCUUCUGUGUGACACAAUAAACUUGUUCAUUCUGC